CCUUCACUGUCCCCGCUGUGUGUCGGCUAUCCUACACUCUACUACUGGCUAUAGGUAGUACAUCAUUGGGGGAUGGAGUAAAGGAGGUAGGAAGUCAUGGAUCCCGCCGAAGAAAACUCGAGCAAAACGGUCGACAUUUAUCGCGAUACAUGGGUCCGCUUCCUGGGCUAUGCUAAUGAGGUCGGGGAGGCCUUUCGUGCUCUAGUGCCAGUGAGUUUGGUGUGGGGCAGCUAUGCUGUGGCCACUGCCUACGUCACUGCUGAUGCUGUGGACAAAGGGAAGAAGGCAGCUGUGGCUCACGGGGACAACCCAGGGAAGACGACGCGUGUAGCGGUAGCAGUGGUGGACACGUUUGUUUGGCAGGCCCUCGCUUCUGUGAUCAUCCCGGGCUUCACCAUUAACCGUGUGUGUGCCGCCUCACUCUACCUGCUGGGCAGAACCACCAGGUGGCCUCUGCCUGUCCGCAAGUGGACCACUACAGCUAUCGGCCUUUCCACCAUCCCCUUCAUCAUCACUCCCAUAGACAGGUCAGUGGAUUUCCUGCUGGACUCGAGCCUUCGGAAAGUCUACAAUGAGGGAGAGAAGCAGGAAUAAGAAGGGACCAUACUGGACAGACUGUCCCCUCCUCCGUAGAGACCAGUCCAGUCUACGUAGCUCUGUGCUGAUUAUCCACCACUGUGAAGCACUAAAGAUGUGUAAAGAAGGAUUUCAAGGAGUAAGAUUUCACAGUUAGUCAAAGAUACGUAUAAAAAUAUAUUUUAUUUCUGAAUUAUAAAGUAUUUAAUGGUAGGUUAAGUUGUUAAAAGUGAAAUCCUGCUUUGUGAAAUAUCCCUCUGGGGAUCCUUAACUUUAACUUCUCAGGGCAAUCUGGGUAGCAUAACCAAAAAAUGUUUAAUCAGGAAUGUAACAGUACAAAAAAUGUGUAAAUAUUCCACUUGAUACAGUGAAAUCCUCCCUCUUGAAGUAUUCUUCAACAGAGAUAUGGUGUGCUGUUAUAUUCCUGUUACAUUGACUACAGAGAAAGCCUCCAAGGUUGCCCUCAUGUCAAGAAAUUAAAUACAAAUCAGCCAUAUUCAGUGGUACUGUAAUGACAGGCCAAAAAGCCAGUUUGCCAUGAUGUCUCUCUUCUUCAUCACUUAAAGUUUGUCUUAGACUGUUUUCUGAAAACAACAGUGUCUGUUACUUGGAACAGAUGUUUCAAGAGUGUCUUCUGAUGCACUUUUCCAUUUUUUUGUUCUAACUCAUUGCUGGUCAUGGGAGCCAAGAUUUGCACUCAGAGCAUUUUUACACCAUGGUUAGAAUCUGUAUGAUAGUAGUAUAUAGUACGGUAUAUAAUACUGUAUGUAGUACUUCAUCAGGUAUACUUGUACAGUGCACCUCACAAGUAUUUGAAUGAUUUCUCACCAAUAUCAAAACUGUUGGUUAGGAAAUUUGCAGUCAGACAUUCUUAGUAUAAAAUAGUGCAACUUCCUUUAGCCUGAAAAUAUUAGACAUACCAGUUUCACACAUGUAUAACUUAUUUUAGACUUCUUGCAUCUUCUUCCCUGCAUCAAGAAACAAAUUGCCCCAAGCUGUAGCUCAACUCAUCAGAUCUAAAAGUUUCAUAUUCAUCAAAUAAUCUUUAAACUGUGUCCUCCUUGAUGCAGAAAACCUAUGUGUAUAAGUGCAUUAAAUUUAGUGUUGCACUUCUCAAAUACUUGUGGAGGUCCAUGUAGUAUCUAUGCAGGGAAUGGUUUAAGGGGUUCAUUUAUUAAUAUACAGAUACUGUCUGUAUAUUAUUGCCAAGACUUUUCUUUGAGGAAGUAAUAUACUGUAUCUCAUGGUGAACUAUGCAAGGGAAAUGUGCACAUGCACAAGCAUUGAAAAUUAAAGGGAUAAGGUAUACAGCUGUCACUUUAAGACAAAGAGGGACAUACCAUAGUGGAAAAAGUUUCAUUGCCAAUAUAUAUAUAGUACACCAGUGCACCAUUUUUAGCAAUAACUUUUGUUUCAUGUGUCACACCAUAUUCUCUUUGCUAUGAACGUUUGCUUGACUUUUUCAUAGCGAGAGAUGAAAGAGACGGUUGUGAAAACUUGGGGUGCACCAGUUUCCAUGUUUUUGCAUGCUGGUACUGAGUCCUGAUGGAAUCUCUUCAGUAGUAUUUGAUAUUUGGUCACAAGACCACUUAAACAGUAAUUGUACAUUUAUUGGCUUUUGAAAUGAUUGAGACAGGGUGCUCAGGGUUCCAGUGUGUCUAGUAUUGGAUAUUUUCAUCCACAUAAGCACAGACUUUAGUCUUAUAUGUUAUAUAAGGCUAUAGACCUUUUCCAUGACAGACAGUUACAUUGUCACAGCAGGAGGAAAUGCUGUUGUACAUACUAAAAGCUCCAGUAUUGACACCUUAAUGGAUUAUUCAUUAUUACUUCUUACUCCUUUGCUUUUUCUGCUAUGACAUGUCAACAGGUCUGCAUUGAAAAAAGGUAUAUUGGUGCAUCCCUAGUAAAGUAUACUCAUGUUCAAUUUUAACAUUUAAAAUUUUACACAAUUUUAAACUUCACUGUAUUUUUUUAUCAUUACAUGCUACAAAAGAAAAGGAAUGGUUUACUUUUUUUGAACAUUGUCUUUGUGUUUCCUUUUGUGGCAGUGUGUUCGGAAGUGGGUUCUAUGAGUCACAUUUUCAGCCUUAACUGAAAAAAAAAACAAACCUCAAGCUCUGUUCAUCUACUGAAGUUCACAAGAUGGAGAUUAUUUUCCAUAUGUGAAAGUAACCGUUGAAAGCUGAAGCUCCCUUCAAUAUUGAGCAGUCCUCCUCUAUUAACUUCUGAAACACUAGAGAGAAAAAACUUGUGAAUCUGUAGUGAAAUAAAUUAUAUAAUGAGAGAAAUGUCUUGAUUUUUGGUCUAUUUCAUUCAUCAGUGGUAACACAGUUGCCUGUCAAGUCCUUGUAGAGUGUUUUUAAAAAAAAAAAAAAAACUUUCACCUGUUAUCAUCCUUUAAUACUGACAACAAGUAAAUCAGAACCACUUUGUUGCCUAGUGAAACCAUGAGUGACAGCUCCUUUGCUGGAACAUUUUUGAAGCUUUAUCUAAACACAGUCUGCACAAAGGCCUUCCCACAAGAACACCUCACCACAGUGUGAUUUCAAAUGGCAGCAUAACAACUUGCUCUUUGUGCAGGCACACUCUCCACUUCCUGAGCAACAUGCCACGGCACUUUAAGAUGAAAGAGGUGUAAUUCAAGGGACGGUUUAACCAAUGAAAUGGAAGCACUCAAGAGCACAUCAGACCAGGUGAUUUGAGAGCCCAGUUGCAGUGCUUUAUCUUGAUUGAGCCAGGAGCUUGCAGCUGAUGCCAAUUCUACAGAUGAGGUGCCAACAUAAAAGGCUAAGGAAAGCCAACGAUUGGCAGGUACAGCAUGUUUGUUCUUAAUCUUGUGUUUUUGGCUCUUUUGGCUGCAUCACCCGGUCAGUCAGGCAUUCCUCGAUACAUCCAGGGCCAAUGGAUCAUCACUGAUGAGAGUUUACGGUAUGAAGACGCUGAUCAACAAUCUCUAGCGGUGGAGGAGAGCAUAUGGCCUGACAGCCCAGCAGAAGUGGUUGAACAGGUGACGGUGGAGGUCCAGAGCUUGCAGACUACUCCAGAGCCAUAUGCUAUGAAGGAACAAGUGUUAGAUGAAGAAGAAUCGGCAGUAUGGAAAAUUGUUCUGGUGGUAGCUGUCCUGUUGGUGUCAGUAUUGGGAUCUCUGAGCAUGGCCUAUUACAUGUGUGUCUGGAGAGGUGGCAGGAUUCACUAUGAGCCUCAGAAGGGGGGCCAUGCUUAAAUACAAAUAAAAUGAACUUUGUGUAGAAGCCAA